GCCGCGGGGAGGAUGAGCGCGGCGGCGGGGGCGGCGGGGGCGGCGGCGGGGCCCGAGCGCGGGCGCAAGGGCGGGAAGGUGGACGAGGCGCAGGCCCUGGCGCGGAGCUGCGCCGCGCGCCGCCCCGACUUCCAGCCGUGCGACGGGCUGUCCAUCUGCGCCACGCACAGCCACGGCAAGUGCUUCAAGCUGCACUGGUGCUGCCACCUGGGAUGGUGCCACUGCAAGUACGUGUACCAGCCCAUGACCCCCGUGGAGCAGCUCCCGAGCACGCAGAUCCCCGCGCGGCCGCGGGAGCCCGCCAGCACCAUUCGGAUCUCAGUGUCGCUGGCCGAGCACUUCCUGAAGCUGGCGUCCGCGCUCCAGCCCCCCCUGCCCCCCGAGUCCCCCCGGUACUGCACGAUCUCCGAGCUCUUCCUCGACAGCUACCAGGUCAAGUGCAUCAACGGGAAGAUGUGCUACGUGCAGAGGCCGCCGGCCCCGCACUCGCGCCGGCCCAGCCCCGAGGACGGCCCCGCGCGCGACGCCUUCCUCCCGAAGGAGAGCAGCACGCCCAAGAUGGACCCGUGCUCCUCCCCGUCCGGCUCCGAGGACUCGGGCAUCAACGCCCUCGGGGCGCCCUGCGCGGGGUCGGGGGACGAGGACACGGAGGGGGGCGCGGAGCUGAGCUCCGAGGAGGAGGAAGAGGAGGAGGAGGAGGAGGAGGACUACAGCCCCGAGAGCAGCUGGGGGCCCGACGAGUGCGCGCUGCUCUCCCCGUCGCAGUCGGACCUGGAGGUGAUCGAGACCAUGGAGACCACCGUGUGACCCGGGGGGCCGGGGGGAGCCCAGCCCGGCCACCGGGGGAGCCCGGGGGGUGAUGGAGCCCGGCCGCCCAUCGGAUCCUUUCCCGACGCCACCCGUGUUUUCUACCCCUCCACCCCCCUUGGCGCGGCCCCUGGCCGGGGCGGGUCCCGCGGACGUGCUGUCUGCGGUCGCGGGUUUCCUUCCCGUCUCCUUAGGUAGCAUCUGGUGCCACGCGUCGUGCGUGACCCGGCCUUGACCUCACGCGGACGCUGCGGGCAGCCGCGAGCGGCCUGGCCUGGGGGAGGGGAGGGGAGGGGGGCA